CCAUUUUCUUUUUUCAUUUAUUUAAUUCUAUCGGUUAUUCCGAGAAAUCGCGAAAGCAACAUGAUUUGUGAAGCGUGUGUGACAGGAAUGAAUUUAGCUCACCCUUGAUGCCGUCGGACACGACGAAAAGCAGCACCGGGUGGUCGUUUCCUUGGUAACAGCAAGACGUUCACUAUUUUACGAGUCCACAUUCACGCCUAAACAUGGACAUUCGGGGACGGAGUGUGCAGGGCUGCAGCGAAAACAUUGUGGACAUGGUGGACAUGGAGGACGAAACCUUCGCUAUCUCCAGUUCCUCAGCUGCUGACACUGCAUUCGAUUCUGUUAUUGGUUGCAUAGAGGACAUCAUAAUGGAGGAGGCUUUCCAGUUACUACAGCAGAACUUCAUGGAGAGACACUACCAAGAGUUCGACAACACUGAUGAGAACAAGCUCAGCUACACACCCAUUUUCAAUGAAUAUGUGGAGCUAUUGGAGAAAUAUGUGGAGCAGCAGUUGAUCAAGAGGAUCCCCGGCUUCAAUAUGUCCACCUUCAUUGAGCAUCUCAUGGAGCAUAAAGACGAGGUGUCAGGUGACAUUGUUGACAUACUGCUGUCCUUUAUUGACUUUGUGGCCUUCAAGGAGAUGGUUCUGCAAUACAAAGUGGGAAAGGAGGGACGAAGUCUGGACUUGAGUCAAGGACUGGUAGUCACACCUUUAACCCCUGCAGCCUCCAGCCACACUGGAUCCAGCCAGUUGCAAUGACACGCUCACAAAAGACAUGUCUGACACAUAGGACCAGUCAACCACUCCCACCAAUGAAAUGUAGUCUUCAGUGAACCUUCCGUGGGAGGAAGUUUGAGAUUCCACACAAGCACAGGGAGAACACGCAGAGCCCACGCAGAUUCAGAGACUCGUUCAAACCGAAACCUGCCUGCUGUUAUGGAAGAGGUGCUAACCAAUGUGUCAGUGGGCUACCACAGCUGGACAACGGAUAAGUGUAUUUGUGUACAAACUAUCCCCCAACGCUAAUUCUCUGUACAUCCUGAUACGAUACCCCGUUUUAAGAUGACAAAUGUUGGAGGCAGUAGACUUGAUAUAUUACAGUCAUCUUCAUUCAAAAACAACAUCAGGAAGAUUUUUUUUUUGUGUGUGUGAUUCAUAAAUACUACUGUUGGUACUAAUCUUGUGUUUUUGUCUAGCAAAUACUACUGUAUGAAAGUGUACAGUCACAUAGAAAAAAAAAGUUUGAAUUAGAUAUUUUGAGUUUGUGGUUAAACAAGAAUUCCUCACAUUUUUACAUUAUUUAUUGGUUUGCUUCAAUGUUGUGCCUGUGAAAGUAACUUUUUAAUUGUAAAUAGUGAUUUGUAUAGUUUGUGUAAUGGUAAAUUGCUUGUGACACAUUUUCUAAUAAACAGGAGAAAAGCCUACAAUCUCCAAUCCA